GUUGCAGUGAAUAAGUUGAAUAAGUGAAAGAAACAUUCUUAUUUGUAUUUAAAUAAUUCUUUGGAUUUCUUUUAAUUUUUCGCAUUAUGUCUCUCGGUAUAAACAAAAGAUCUAUUUCGCCAUUGCUUCAGGAAAAUGGAAAUGGUAAAAAGAUCAAGAUAGAUGGCACGGACGAGCUUAAACCCAAGGAUACCGAAGAGAAUUAUGAUUUCCUUUUUAAUGAAGAAGAUGAUUUUGAUUUGGUCGAUUUCGAGGCUGCUGAGAAAAGCGCAGCCAGAGAACGUCUAGAUUUAAGCAAUUGGCAAAGAUGUCGCGUUCUGGAAACGGAAAGAGAAAAGAAGACAUUUGCUUUGAUUAUAAAAGUAAUGGCAAACGUGAAGAAGGAUGAUAACACAGAAGUUGAGGCUGAAGCUAAAUGUUACCUCCAGGGUCCCUGGUGUCAUACACGUAUAUCCGUUGAUGAUAUCGUAUCGAUAAAGGCGGAGUAUGAUGCAAGUGUAAAUGCCUACAAGGUGGACAAGGAUCAAGGAUUUUGUGUUGUCAAUCCGGAUUCAUUGAUUUCUGGCACUACAGUGGUCGGGUCAUUGUUCUGUCGGAGAAAGGCUGUGUUGCAGGAUCGUUUCAAGGGGAUUGAUCCCAACAAUAAAGUGAUGGUCAUCGGCUCUUUGGUACACGAACUUCUACAAAUUGUAUUGGAAAAGAGGAUAAUCGAUUUGAAGGCCAUUGAAAAGGAAGCUACUGAUCUUUUAAACUCCCAGGAUACAGCAUUCAUGCUUUACAGCAGUCAAUUAACACGAGAAGACACCACGUUGGAAGUGUUUCAGUUUGUCAAAAGUAUUCAUAGAUUUGUACAACAGUAUAUUGAUAAAAAGGAUAAUAGCAUACCAAUAGAAAAGGAAAAUUUCCAUGAUCGCAUUAGUGAAAUUCGCGAUAUUGAAGAAAAUCUUUGGAUACCACAAUUAGGUAUAAAGGGAAAAAUCGAUGUCUCUGUUAAGGUUCAGCCUCGUUCUAAACGGGGUCAAAUCACAAAAUUCACUGAAAAACAGGAGAAAAUCUUACCCUUGGAAUUAAAGACCGGAAGAGCUACAUUUUCAAUGGAACAUAAAGGACAAUUAAUAUUAUAUCAAAUGAUGUUGACUGCACUGGGAAAGCCAACACAUUCGGGCUUGCUGUUAUAUCUGAGAGAAGGAUUUCUUCGAGAAAUUCCCAGCAGCCGUAACGAACAACGAGAUUUGAUAACACUUCGUAAUGAAAUUAGUCAUUAUUUAAAUGCUUGGCCUGAUAUUGAAAAUCUUCCAUUAGACACAAAGUUGCCAGAUGAUAAAUUCAUUCAACCAUUUGUCCUGCCUGAACCUAUUUCCCAUCCAAAUGCUUGCGCCCAGUGUGCUUAUGCAACAUUAUGUUGUAGUUUUGCCAAGACAGAUCCUUCGCUGGAGCUUCGAGCCAAUCAUCCAAUACGCAAAUUGUCGGAGGAAAAUCUGAAACACUUGACCCACAAAGAUUAUGAGUAUUUCAAUAAGUGGUGUCACUUGCUUCUAAUGGAAGAACAUGAAUCUCGUAAAUCAAAUUUUCAAAGGGCUCUAUGGUGUCAUACGCCGGAUGAACGUGAACAAAUGGGCCGAGCCAUUUGUGGUUUACAAAUUGCCGACGAUGGCAAAGCAAUCAAGAAGGAAGAACAUCGAUACUUGCACCGUUUUGUCUUAGGCCAGAAGCAAAAUGGUGCAGCAAAGGAGGCUAAUGGGGAAGAACAGGAGGAAAUGGAUUUAAUGUUAUUUGGGUUUUCUGCCGGUGACUAUGUUACUGUGUCCACAGAUAAACGUCUAGCCAUUGCCGCGGGAUCCAUCAUUGAUUUGGACUCGACCUCAAUUACCAUCAGUUUAGAAAGAAAUCUCAUGCAAAACUAUUCUAAACAAACAUUUAUUAUUGAUAAAUAUGAAUCCCAAUCGGGCAAUGUAUUUAAUUUCACAAAUUUGGGUAUACUUUUGGAUGACACGGAACAGUCGAAACGAUUGAGGAGUAUUGUUGUGGAACUUGAACAGCCAAAAUUUUUAAAAGUUUUGCCAAAAAUAAUUAGCACCGAAGGUGGUGACAUUUUGAAACAAUUGAAUGCUGUUCAACGCUCUGCUGUCCUAAAGGCUCUAACAACGCAGUCAUUUAUGUUGAUAAAAGGUUUGCCAGGAACAGGUAAAACCCAAACUCUGGUGGCCAUUAUACGUUUACUUUAUUUAAUGGGAAAGUCCAUCAUAAUCACCAGUCACACUCACUCGGCUGUGGACAAUUUGUUAUUGCGUCUUAAACCCCAUAAUGUGCCCUUCUUGCGUUUGGGCAAUGGAGCUCGUGUCAAUGCCCAGUUACGAGAUUCAUGUGAAUCGACAUUAAUAGCAAAGUGCCACACUGAAAAGGAAUUAAGUAAACUCUAUGACUCCUUCCGUAUUGUGGGUGUGACCUGUUUGGGUUCAUCUAAUGCCAUAUUUUUACAUAGACGUUUUGAUUUUUGUAUUGUGGAUGAAGCUACUCAAGUAAUGCAGCCGACUGUUUUGAGACCACUAUUCUUUUGUGAUCGUUUUAUAUUAGUUGGAGAUCCUGAACAACUGCCACCUUUGGUAAAAUCAGCUGAGGCUAGAAAACGAGGGGCAGACGAGUCGCUUUUCCAUCGUAUAGAUUCCAAAGAGGCUACUUCAGUUUUAACCCUACAGUAUCGUAUGAAUAAAACAAUUACCAAAUUGGCUAAUGACUUGACUUACAAUGGAGCAUUGGAAUGCGCAUCGAAUGACAUCAAAAUGGCUAAGAUGACGCAACCAAUUACCGUGGCUAACACCGAAGACAAAUGGUUGCAAAGAGUAUUGCAAAUACAUGUUGAUCAAUCGGUAUUUUUGAUUGACACCAAAGAUUGUUCUGAACGUUCGUCAUUGUAUGCCAAAACUAAGCACAGUACAACCUGUGAACUAAUCGAAAAGACAUUUAGUGAAGACACUGCCUCCUCUGCGGAGGAAAAACUAAAAUCUGAUACAAAAACCUCAAAACGACUUUCGAAAUAUUCAAAUUAUUGUGAGGCCGCCAUUGUUUUCUAUAUAGUCAAGGCUUUGUUGGCCAAUAAUUAUGAUCCAGAUCGCAUUGGUGUUAUUGCACCGUACAGGGCACAGGUGGAGUUAUUGCGCAAACUUGCUUUGCAACACCAUGAGUUUUAUGAAAAGCAAACGCCUGCACUUAAUUUUUCACUUGUUGAAGUUAAUACUGUUGAUCAGUAUCAGGGUAGAGAUAAGGAUAUUAUUAUCUAUUCAUGUUCACGUACGGGUCCGUCAGAUUCUAAGAACACUGAACGUUGUAGGGAUGCUGAAAUUUUGGAAGAUAAACGUCGUCUUACUGUGGCCAUAACACGUUCAAAACACAAGCUUAUCAUUGUGGGCGACAGUGCCUGCAUUCAACAAUAUACACCAUUCCAGACAUUGUUGAAACACAUACCGGGCUUUUGUAAAUUGCAACUGGAAGAUGAUAAAAUGGGUUUUCAUUGGGAUACGGUUAUGGGUGAGUUGACAAAUGUCAUAAAAUCUACUUGAACAUUGAAUUAUUAUUCCUUGAAGAUUCCCUUUUCCUAUGCCUGAAAUGGUAGAUAUAAAUUACAUCGAUCGAAUGCAUACGAAUUCAUUUUGCAUUUAAUUUAUUCUGCACGAUUUAGUUUGAAACUUUUCUAAUAAGCAAUGAGAGAUACUGCCCCAAUUUUGUUAAUCUACGAAAUUUUAUACCAUAAGUAAUUAUUCUAGAGAUUUAUAAUAAGAUAGUAUUCAAUAGGACUUAAGUCAAACACAUUUACAACUUAUCACUGCCACGUAUACAUUUUUGAGCAUUUAGCUAAACCAAAAUAUCACUAGCAUUUAGAGAGCUAGAAGAUUUGCAGGAAUAUCCUUAAGCAAUAUCUUUUGGGAAAACAUAAGUUUUAAUUAUUCAAAAUAUUUAUUAAAAAUUGAGAAAUUUUAUCCUAAAACCGAUCGUCUUAACAUACGUAUAAAACCGAUCGAAACCAUUAACGUGUUUUUGAAGUUUCAGUUGUUUUACAUUAUCUUAGUAAGUUAUUUAUUUGUGAAUCUUAAAAUAACAUUAAAAUCAAUAAAAAAUAUCAACUUAAAAAAA